AUGAACUAUAUAAACCGCCCAGAGCCGGCCCUCAAAAAAAACGCGGAAACUGAAGCAGAGUUUGAGACGAGACUCGACAGCAGGGACACGCAGAAGGGACACGCAGGACACUCGAAGAGCGGCCCCAGGAGCAGCCCCUGUACCAGCCCCGGUACCAGCCCGGAGCGGCACCAGGAUCAGCGCGGAACAGACGAGACGGGUCGCGAGUCUUCUGUGGCGGACGGACGCGGUGCAGCAGGAGCGGCCCAGGGAUUUACAGGACGCCAGGGUUCGAGACGCACAUCCAAUCUGCUUGCGCGCGCGCACUAUCGGAGCCCACCAGGAUGUGAUUUCCCCUGUCCCCCCAACCAGUGUGACCGAGGCUCGGACAGACGUAGGCAGACGCGUGCUCUGGGAGUGCGGGCGGACUGGUACGCGGAGCCAGCUCGGCCUGGAUCAGCAGCGGACCAGACCAGCCCGGGGUGGCUAGACCGCGCACACCAGAUAAUAGACAAUAACACCAUAACCAUCGGAAAGAGGAAAGGCCAAGUAUCUAAUGAUUUGUAG